UCUUCUUGUCUUCCCGCUGCAGCCCGAGAGAAAAAAAAAAAGAGGAACCCAGCCAUGCCUUGCAAAACCGGUGAGAAAGCUUGGAGAUUUCUCCUUCCUUCUUGCUCUAGAACCUGAAUUGGAACCCAGAAAUUCUCCCCCCUGCAUGAAGCUUUCGGAUCUGCCUUGCUCUGCUCCUCACCGUCCGGCUGCUCCUGCUUUGUGGGUGUGAUUUGUUCGGUUUUUUGCUUGCCGCCGGCCUCUUCCCCCCCUGCAGCUCCGGUUUUAGCUGGAGAAUUCUGGUUCCCGAUCGUUCUGUCAGUUAGUGCGUGACUUGAGUGCUCGGUUUUAUGUGAGUGAGGUAAGUAAAUUUAUGGUAAUGCCCGUACUAUUUUAAAAGCAUGUGUUGAUUUGUUUUUUGAAGUGGUGGCGGGACUAAACUCGUUUUACACAAGUAUGACUGAUUUGAAGUGAAAUGUUUUAUGCUUUUCAUUAAAUUGAGCAUGCCUACUUGAAAUUUAAGUGACUGUCCUGAUGAUCUGAAAGUGAUUGUGAAUCGUGAUUUUCCUGUUAACUUCUGCCUGUUUUGUCUCCGAUGUGGUCAUGUUAUUCUUGACCCCGCUAGUGGGGGAGGUUACAAACGCUAGCACAUGUCGACAUGUUCGUGAUAGGACCGGUUCGCUCUUGGCCCUACUAGUGGGGAUUAUACACUAGUACUGUUUGCCUACCAGUGGGAACUGGCCAUGACCUAUAGAGGAGACGUCUAUUUCGUGCCUGUCCUGUAUCCGUUUUUGUGAUUGUACUUGUUGGCAUGCUUUAAGUUUGAUAAGGGGCACUCCAUAUUUACUUACUGAGUUUAUCUCAUAGUUUUCCUUGUCCACCAUUUCAGGAAGUAAAACCGAGGACGGGGAAACCACGGGAAGUGACGAGUUAGAAAGCUAGUCAUUUCGAGAUUGAGCAUAGAUUUAGAAAUAAAUCAUGAUCUUGUAUUUGGAGAUUUAAAUUGGAGAUUUAUGAUAUCAGAGAGUUUAUAAAAUUUGAUCUUCAGAUUUUGGUGGUAUCAGAGUACAGUAUGAUAAGUUCCGAGCCUUGUGCAUUUGUGGGACCCUUUCACGAGUGCACGGUGUCUGUCGCGUCUCGAAAUCGGGUUUUGGGGCGUGACAAUGAUUGUUUGCCGUGAGGGAUUUUUGGGUAACUAGUUUCUUUUUUUGUUAUAUGAUUGUUUGCCAAGAUAUUUUCAAAUUGCAGGUUGUUGGGAGAGAUUUUUGGACAAUUGAGUUCAAUGAAUUGAACUGGAUUCU